AUGUCCAGCGCGCCGGAGCCUCGGCGGAAGCGGCAGCCAGAGCCGCGCAGGAAGCCGGGACCGGAACCUGGGCAGGCCGGCCCCACCCCGCUCACCUGCGCAGGUAACUGCGACCCCGGAGCGCGGGCCGGAGGCGGCGCGGGCUCCGAGCAUGUUCGCCUCUUUGUCCUGCGCUCCUGCGCGUGUCCGGGUCUCAGUCACCCUCGGAACCCAGAAUCUCGCACUGUGAAGGUGACCCCCCUGGGGAAGAGGGCGACGCCCGCUGGGAGGACGAUGGCCGGCGCCAGCGUCUCCCAGACCCGCAUCUCUGUGGUCGGCGUGUGGCUCUUGUGCGCGCUCGGCCUCCAGGGCGCCGAGACGGGGCCGCCACCGGCGCCCCCUGGGCUGCCGGCGGGAGCUGCCUGCUUGGACCGCUUUACCCCCGGGGUACCCGACUUUGUGCUGGACACCGACGCCUCAGUCAGCAAUGGGGCCACCUUCCUGGGCUCCCCAGCCGUGCGCCGCGGCUGGGACUGCGUGCGCUCCUGCUGCACCGCCCAGAACUGCAAUCUGGCGUUGGUGGAGCUGCAGCCCGACGGCGGGGAGGACGCCAUCGCCGCCUGCUUCCUCGUCAACUGCCUCUACGAGCAGAACUUUGUGUGCAAGUUCGCGCCCAGACAGGGCUUCAUCAACUACCUCACGCGCGAGGUUUACCGCUCCUACCGCCAGCUGCGAACACAGGGCUUUGGCGGGUCCGGGAUCCCCAAGGUCUGGGCAAACAAAGACCUAAAGGUUCAGCCCCAGGAGCCCCUGGUGCUGAAGGAUGUGGGAAACACAGAUUGGCACCUGCUUCAGGGGAACUCACUCAUCAGAAUAGAGAGGAAUAAUCCGGACCAGGUGGAGCUGUGGGGACUCACGCAAGGCAGCUACGUGUUCCAGAUGACAACCAGCUCAGACCAGGCAGAGAGCACGUCCAACAUCACAAUCACUGUGCUGUCUGCCAAGCAGACAGAAGACUACUGCCUUGCAUCCAGUAAGGUGGGCCGCUGUCGAGGCUCCUUCCCCCGCUGGUACUACGAUGCCAAAGACCAGCUCUGCAAGAGCUUCGUUUAUGGCGGUUGCUUGGGCAAUCUGAACAACUACCUCCGGGAAGAAGAGUGCAAGCUAGCCUGCCACAACGUGCAAGGCCCCUCACUGGAAAGGCACCAUCCAGUCCCUGUGUGCUCUGCCACCUGUAACCCCACCGAGUUCCGCUGCAGCAACGGCUGCUGCAUCGACAGCUUCCUGGAAUGUGACGACACUCCCGACUGCCCCGAUGCCUCUGACGAGGCCUCCUGUGAGAAAUACACCAGCGGCUUUGAGGAACUCCAGAACAUCCAUUUCACCAGUGACAAAGGGCAUUGUGUGGACCUGCCAGAGACAGGCCUGUGCUGGGAGAGCAUCCCUCGCUGGUACUACAACCCCUUCAGCCAGACCUGCGCCCGCUUUACCUAUGGUGGUUGUCAUGGCAACAGGAACAACUUUGAGGAGGAGCAGCAGUGCCUUGAGUCCUGUAGGGGCGUCUCCAAGAAAGACGUGUUUGGUCUGCGGCGGGAAAGCCCCAUUCCCAACUCGGGCUCCGUGGAGGUGGCCAUCGCGGUGCUCCUGGCUACCUGCAUUGUGGUGGUGGUGGCCAUCCUGGGUUACUGCUUCUUCAAGAACCAGAGGAAGGGCUUCCACAGACACCGCCACCGCCGACCCCCACCCCCUACCCCCACCAGCUCCACGGUCUCGACCACUGAGGACACGGAGCACCUGGUCUACAAUCACACUACCCGGCCCCUCUGAGCCUGGGGCUCUCGGGCUCGCGCCACGCCCUGCUUCCUCCUUGCCAAGAUGGAGGCCUGAGCUGGGGAACAUUUUGGGACUGGACCCCUCCAGCCUCUUUUCCAGGCUCUCUCUGCCUCCAUGCCAGGUCUUCAGCUUCUCUCAGAGGUGUCUCAGCUAAUCUGAGGUCACAUAUUCCUGAGAAAGCUUCAGGGUCUGGAAGCAGCAGAAAACCUUUGAUCCAGGAGUCCCACAAUAGAUGGACCUGCCCGGGCUGGGAUUUCCAAGGAAACUGGAGUUUUGUUUCCUGUUUAAGGCUGCCCUCCCCACCCCAUGGUUUGGGAAGGGGCCUGGGGCAGUGUCAGAAGCAGAAGGGCCAGAAGAGGCUCCAGAACUGCCCUUCUUACUCUGAAUAGCCCAGGGCUGGGGGGAGGCCAUCCCUGUAUAUUUUGUGCUGUAUAGAGUUGCUUUUUGUUUAUUUAAUGCUGUGGGAGUGGGAGAGAGAACUGGAAAGUGCCAUGUGACCUCUGCUUCCUCCUAAUCCUUUCCCCAAGAACGAGGCCCAACCUGGCCUGACCCACAGAGCCAGAUCUUGGGUGGCCUCCUUCCCUCCACCCCGACCAGGCUCUCUAGUACCACAUCCACCUGCUCCCCCACUUCCCACAGGCUUCAGUCCACCCACAAUGUAAUAAAAUAAUUUGU